UGUGGCUGUAGGAAGGCUGAUGGCAGCAUGGAUUCCAGGCGAGUGAUAGUGUUGCUGGUGUUGCUCCUGUUAACAGACUGGGGCCAUGCUGAAGUACCAAGAGGCCAGGAUGGAGACCAGGUCUUUGUGGAAGAAGACAAUGGACCUAGCUCACAGCAGCAUGCCCAGACCCCUGGUUCCCUCUUGCACUCCCUGCUCCAGGCCAUGGAGAGAACUGGCCGGAGUCCAGCCUUCCUGUUUCAGCCCCAGAGGUUUGGCAGAAAUAUCUGGAGACCCUGGAGCAACAAGCAACUGAAUCCCCGGGCUGGAGAGUUCUGGAGCCUGGCUGCCCCUCAGCGCUUUGGGAAAAAAUAAGUGUCAUCCCUUGAUGUAUUUGCAUGCAAGGCCCACAGUGCCAUGUGUCCCCCCCAAAUAAAGUGGUCUGGCUUCUGAAUCCAUGUAUGUCUGGAUGAGA